UGAUUCAAAAACAGAUUCAGCGAGCUUUUCGGAGGGAGAUUGCCGGUGGAUGAAACGCCGGGGAGAGUGAUCAUUUUAUUUUUCCCGGCAACGAAUGAAGAGGCGAGGAGGGAAGGAUAAGGGUGGAGUCGUCAACAGAUUUAUCUCGUCGGAAAGUAGGAACAUGAUGUUGAAGGGAAGAUCCGGGAAGCGAUUGAUGAAGUUCGAUGAAUUGCCGGAGUAUUUGAAAGAUAAUGAGUUUAUAUUGGAUUAUUACAGAUGCGAAUGGCCGUUGAAGGAUGUCAUCGGUAGUGUUUUCAUGUGGCACAAUGAAACCCUAAAUAUCUGGACGCAUUUGGUAGGUUUCUUCAUAUUUUUGUCAUUGACGGUUUUGAGCUCAUUGAGCAAGGAAAAGGUGGAAUCAUUGAUCGCGAGCUUCUACAGUACUCACGGCUUUCAAGAACCGACCAUGACGUCGGCCAUGACGAAAGCAAAUGGCUCGGUGGCUUCUAUGCUAGUGCCGGAGUCCCUCGUAGGAGAAAUUCUUAGACCAUCAAUCGUACUAAUCAACAACCCAAUCCCCAAAUGGCCGUGGUUUGUUUUUUUAGGCGGAGCCAUGGGCUGUUUAAUCUGCAGCUCCAUCUCCCACCUCUUCGCUUGUCACUCCGAACGCUUCAACCUCUUCUUCUGGCGUCUCGACUACGCUGGAAUCUCCCUCAUGAUCGUCUCCUCUUUCUUCGCUCCCAUCUUCUACGCUUUCACCUGCCACCCGUUCUCCCGUCUCUUUUACCUCUCCUCCAUCACCACCCUUGGCCUUCUCGCCAUCUUCACCCUCCUCUCUCCUGCACUAUCUGCUCCCCGCUACCGAUCCUUCCGUGCCACCCUCUUCCUUGCCAUGGGAUUCUCGGGCGUCAUUCCUGCAUCCCAUGCGGUCUUCCUACAUUGGGAAGACUCGAAAAUACUUGUGGCUCUUGGCUAUGAGGUCAUGAUGGCCGCUUUCUAUUCUCUUGGAGCGAUGUUUUACGUUAGGAGGAUACCUGAGAAAUGGAAGCCUGGUGCUUUUGAUAUUGCUGGCCAUAGUCAUCAGAUCUUCCAUGUUUUCGUCGUGGCGGGUGCUCUUGCCCACGCUGCUGCAACGCUCGUGAUCAUGAACUUGCGGCAGACUUUGCCCGCACAAUGCAUCGAGGGAGCAACUUGGAUGUGAAACAUAGUCUGAGAUUGACUGCCAUUUUUAUGAGUUAUCAUAUUGUUCCUUGUAUUUCCAACUUUUGGAAAUACAUUUGUAAGGUGU